AUGCGCUACGCAUUAGGAUAUACUUUGACUGGAACUCUUACCACUUUGUCAUCACUGUGGAUCCUUUAUCAUGUUUUGACUGGUCAGGGAGAGCGAGUAUCAGUCGGAUGGUUCCUGGAAGAGACCAGUCCUUACAUGUGGGCUUGUUUGGGCAUUGCAUUCGCUGUAUCGUUAUCCGUGGUUGGUGCUGCUAUCGGAAUUCAUACCACAGGAGUGUCAAUCGUUGGUGGUGGCGUUAAAGCACCCAGAAUCAAAACAAAGAAUUUGAUUUCUGUUAUCUUCUGUGAAGCUGUCGCUAUUUAUGGUUUAAUCACAGCUAUCGUCUUGUCAGGAAUGCUUGAUCCUUACACACAAAAAGGAAUGGCAAGCAGCGACACAAUUCGAGGUAACAAUUUCAUGGCUGGUCAUGUCAUGUUCGGUGCUGGAUUAUCAGUUGGACUUGUCAAUCUUUUCUGUGGAAUCGCUGUUGGUAUCGUUGGAUCAGGUGCAGCACUUGCUGAUGCUGCUAACUCUGCCCUCUUCGUGAAAAUCUUAAUUGUCGAGAUCUUCGGAUCUGCCAUCGGUCUCUUUGGACUUAUCGUUGGCAAGGGGUCAAAUAACCUCAUUGGCUUAAGUCGCUUGGAGUCGAGCGUACAAUUCAUACGUCCCGGGUUCGAACCCCGACUUGGUCAUGAGGUAGAGUGA